CGCUGACUGCAAGCAAGAAAAAGAAAAGUCAGUCGCAUUGUCACACACAACAUCCAUGUUGCUGUUGUAGCGAUUAAAAUGGAUUUGUGACAGAAAUGGAAUACGAUUAUCGCUUUCGUCACUCACGGCCUGGUGGAUCGGAGCGAUGUGGGCCGCGUUGUUUUGUUUGUCCGGGAGAUGGGAGAGAAACCCAACGAGAAUGUGUUUUUGUGCAUCCUCGCCGCCCCGGGAUGAUCGACGAGAACGAGUACCUGGCAAGCCCCGAAUCCUGGCACGAUUUGGAGGAAAAUCCGGAAGGAUUGGUUGACCAAACCACAAUGUCCGCUGUCGCGCUACUGGCAACGUCCGGCCUACGAUGUCGAUUUGCUAGCGCUGACGAGGAAUCCACUGGCGAUGUUCCUGCUCAUGGCGUGAAAGAGACCAAAGGGCUCGUCACUGCCUAUUGCAAAUGCGACCCACAGGUGCUGACCGAGAGCCCAGAAACUUGGAUCGUGCUCGCUAAUGGAGACAAAGUCUCCUGUGAGAUCUCGAAGAAACCCGAGAAAGAAGAAGCGGUCUAUGCAAAGCUUUCUUUCCUGGACCGCUACCUCUUCGUUUGGAUCCUGGCCGUGAUGGUCUCGGCUGUUCUGGUCGGAUACUACGUCAAGAGCGUCAGAGAUGCGUUCCAAGUCGCAACCAUCGCCUCCGUCUCGCUCCCAAUCGCGGUUGGCCUGUGGGUGAUGAUGUAUCCAGUCCUGUGCAAGGUCCGCUACGAGCUCCUGGGAAAGAUGCUUGCCGGGGGCGCUCUGGUCAAGAGCCUGGCGCUGAGUUUCCUCCUCAACUGGCUGCUAUGCCCGGCGCUCAUGACAGGCCUCGCCUGGGCGACGCUUCCAGACUUGCCAGGAUACAGGAGAGGUGUCAUACUCGUCGGGAUCGCUCGCUGCAUAGCCAUGGUUCUGGUGUGGAACGAUCUCGCAAAGGGUGAUCCGGAGCUCUGUGCCAUCCUCGUAGCUUUCAACUCGCUGCUCCAGAUCAUCCUCUAUGGACCACUCUCGCUCUUCUUCCUCGAGGUCCUCUCGCGGGACACUGGGAUUCACGUUGGGAUGUGGGAAGUCGCCAAGAGUGUGCUUCUGUUCCUGGGAGCUCCACUGGCGGCAGGGAUGAUCACGCGAGCAGUUUUGUGCUCCAGCCUGGGGAAGCGGUGGUAUGAGACUAAGUUCCUGCCAAUCAUCGGGCCCUUCGCGCUGCUGGGUUUGCUCUACACCAUCUUCGUCAUGUUCUCUCUCCAGGCGCACCACAUUGUGGGGAAUCUGGACAAGGUGGCGAGGGUGGCGGUGCCGCUGGCGAUUUACUUUGGAAUCGUGUUUGCCGCGACCGUGGGGCUGUGCCUGCUGAUGAAGGUGUCGUAUGAGCAGUCGGUCACGCAGGCGUUCACGGCGUCGAGCAACAAUUUCGAGCUCGCCAUCGCAGUGGCUGUGGGAGUCUUUGGCAUAGACUCAUCCGAGGCACUGGCUGCGACCAUGGGACCUCUCCUGGAAGUUCCCAUUUUGCUGGCGCUGGUCUACGUGAUGCUCUGGGGCAAAUCCAAAUUCUCAUGGCAGAGGACCUGAGUGUCCGAAUCACCAAAGCUAUCAAUCUUUGGAUUAGUGGCACCCCUGCGCUCUGGGUUCUAUUACAUUGCUUUGUAAUUCAUACCAUAAUGGACUACUCUGAAAAAAAACAAAAACAGAAAUAAGUAAUAUAUUGCUUAGCCAAUUAUGGUU